AUGCCAGGGCCUGGUGCUGCAGAGACCGGUGUCAUCAAUGCCAAGUUACCUGCAGGGCCCAGGCCAGCCCAGCACAGAGUGGGCGGGAACAGCGAACAGUGGGAGCGCCAGCCAGCAGGAGAGUCACUGGAGCAGACAGCCCUGAGCCAGACCAAUGAGCUCUCCACAGACUCACCUGAGCCUGAGGGUAAAGCCCGCCACAAUAGGGUUAUCCUUGCCUUUUCACCUCUCCUGAACACCCACAUCCCUGCCUCUGGCAAGGUGUCUGUAAAGUCGAGAGAGUGGUCUGCCUGCCUUCCACAAACUUUAGAAGAGUCUGGUGGAAUUCUGACCAUGAAGAUGGAAAAGAAGAAGGCCUGUGAUCUUCACUGCAGACUCCCCUGGAGCAGCUGCUCCACCCUGGAGACUUUCCACCAGCAGUUCAGGCAGUUUGGCUACCAGGAUUCACCUGGUCCUGAGAAAGCACUGAGCCAGCCCUGGGAGCUCUGUCAUUGGUGGAUGAGGCUGAAGGAGUGCUCCAAGGAGCAAAUCCUGGAGUUGGUGGUGCUGGAGCAGUUCCUGAGCAUCCUACCCAAGUAACUGAAAACCUGGGUGCCAGAGCACAGUCCAGGGAAUGAAGAAGAGGCUGUGAAGCUGCUGGAGGAGCUGGAGAGAGAAAUGGACCUUCCAAAAGAACAGAGAUUUUUUAGCUCAAGAAAAACCAUGAGUAUAGAGAAGCCAACACCUUGGGGAAUCACUCAGAAGUUACCAAGCAAUGAGCUAAAACCCCUGAAGAAGCACCUCCCGUGUUUAUCAUGGGAACUGAAUUUCAUAAGACAACCUGAUGAAGAUACCAAAACUGCAAAUGUGAACUCUACUUCAAGGCAGAAGACCUCCUCAGGGGUGGCCCCACCCUGCAAUGUCUCUAACACUCUUCUGUGAAACUCCCAGAACUUCAGAGCUACCGAACCCUGGAAAAAAGAUGGCAGGCUUGAAAGGAGACAGGGAAACACCUCUCAGAGAAAACCACACAGGUAUGAUGAACAUGGCAAGAUCUUCGGUCAGAGGUCAGCCCUCAUUUUACAUAAGAGAACCCACAGUGGAGAGAAGCCUUAUGCAUGUGACCAGUGUGCCAAAGCUCUCAGCCUUAGCCAGGACGCUGUUCUGAUUCAGCAUCAAAGAACCGGCAUUGGGGAAGAGCCCUUUCCGUGUCACGAGUGUGGCAAGGCCUUCAGCCGCUCCAGUGUUGUCAGAUAUAGGAAAAGACACAGGAGACAAAACAUCCACGUGGUGUUGUAA